AUGAGCAACCACUUGUUACUUACACAUGAAAUUCUCGAUGUGGGAGCCAUUAGCAAUUUGGUAUCUGCAGGCAGCUGUGGUGCUAUAUCUCUGUUUGUGGGGACCACACGCGAUAACUUUGAGGAUAAGACAGUAGUAUCAUUGGAGUAUGAAGCCUAUGAACCUAUGGCAUUGAAAGAAAUGGAAAGUAUAUGUAGCCAAUUGAGGCAACGUUGGCCGGACAUUGUUAAUAUUGCUAUAUAUCAUCGUUUGGGCCUAGUUCCCGUUAGUGAAGCCAGUGUUGUCAUAGCCAUAUCUUCGCCGCAUCGAAAAACAUCUUUGGAAGCAGUUUCAAUGGCUAUUGAAGAUCUUAAAAAGCAUGUGCCCAUUUGGAAAAAAGAAAAAUAUGAUGAUGAUGAAGGCAUGUGGAAGGAAAACAAAGAAUGCAAAUGGCAAACCAAAGAAAAGGAAGAGAUAUAACAGUAUGUAUAUAUACAUACAUGGGUGAUGUAUUGCAAACUUGUUUUUUUUUAUAGCUCGAAUUGUUGUAUUUGUUCUAAAGUCUUGUUUUGUGCAAUAAAUAUUCUUAUACUAA